UCACGUGACCAGCAGCUGAGGUAUAGAUGUGUUAUAGGGAAGCAGGAGCAAAUACUCUGGAGGUAAUCAUUUUCUUUUUUCCCUCAUGACAUACUGCUGCGAGGUUGUAGCACGGGCAAUUUCAAACUAGCGUCUUCCUCCUCUUCGCCAUCAGAUGCGCAUGGACAAUUCAAAAAUGAACUCAUUUUUGGAGUACACAAUUUGCAACCGGGGAACGAGCACUUAUCCCACAAAGUCUGGAUACCAUCAUCUGGAUCAGGCUUACUCGGGCCCCUUUCAGUCCAGUGACAGCUUUAACGCUGAUGGACGACUUUACGUAGGGGGCAGUGCGCCGGCAGCCACGGCACAACAUCAGCACCAGAGUGGAGGCUAUGCGCAUCACCAACAUCAAAAUCAAACCGGUGGCAUGGGCCUUUCAUCUUACGGUAGCACUGGCUAUGGAGCACACGCCUCUGGCACACAGGACUACGGCCAUCAGCAGUAUUUCAUGAACCACGAACAGGAUGGAAUGUAUUAUCAAUCUUCUGGCUUUGUUGCUCCAAGUGUCGGUCCUAAUUACGGGUCCUUGGCCGGUUCGUAUUGUAGCACACAGGGAGCAGUUCCGGCGGCGCCAUAUCUGCACAUGAAUGGCUGCGAAGGCCAGGACCACCAACUCCUAUACGGCCAGGGUACAUACGCCGACCUAUCAUCCUGCCAACAGAAGGAGACAUGCUCGGAUCAAAUGCCAGGGAAGACAUUUGACUGGAUGAAAGUGAAAAGGAACCCUCCUAAAACUGCAAAAGUGACAGAGUACGGCCUUGGUCCACAAAACACAAUCCGUACAAACUUCACAACAAAACAACUCACAGAGCUCGAGAAAGAGUUUCACUUUAGCAAAUAUCUGACACGAGCUCGCCGGGUGGAAAUCGCUGCCACGCUUGAACUCAACGAGACACAGGUGAAGAUUUGGUUCCAGAACCGACGAAUGAAGCAGAAGAAGCGUGAAAAGGAAGGUCUCGCACCUACAUCCUCCACCAUAUCUAAGGACUUGGACGAAAACUCGGAUAAUUCUACAACAACAUCUCCAGGCACGUCCCCAAGUCCAGAGACCUAACGAAAUCAGCAGAACUUAAGGUCCUAAUAUGAACUUCAGACCUUUAUAAUAUAAAACGAUAUUUCGUUAAACAUUCCACAUCGUGUCGAACAGACAUUUAUAUUGAAAUGGGACACAAGCUAUACAUUUUACCUUACCUUUGACCGUAAGGAAAGCUAACAGUUUGUUCUACAACAACAUAGGUGGAAUAAAUUUUGACAAAUUGUUUAACUCCCAUUUCAUUUUUAGGCUAAUUCAGGGUACGCUAAUUCCGGCUGUGAUCCAAAAGUCGGUAAUGCACUUUUAGCAUGUUUACAAGUCUCUAAAUGGACGUUUCAACUACAGGGAGUCUGUAAGGGUAAAACAAUAAAUUUGUAUGGUUGUUUAUUUUUUUGUAUGUAGAUAUACUUUAGUGAAUUGUUUGUUGUACGUAGGCUAUGUCCUAAGGUUUAAUCGAACCGUUUGCACUUUGCGGUUACAGGGUAGGCCUUUACGCCACUGACGCACCUCACAUUGUUAUGACUGUAAUCCCAACUACGACUGAAUGAAUGAUGUUAUUUUUCUUUCGGUGCUUAAUUUAAAAAUUUUUACCAGAUCACAAAGUGCUAUAUAUUUAACGAUUCAGGAUUUUUGUAAUAUUUGAUAUAUAGUAUGCAUUUGGUAGCCUUAUGUCAAUUUCAUGCCACGGACAAAAGUUUUUGAGACUUGUAGAGUGCAGUUUUUUAGGAUAAAUACAGGGUUAUUACGUAUUAUUCGUUAUCCAAAACCUUUAGGAUUUGGAUCUAAAACACAGACUGGCUGAGUUUUAUUAGUUUGUCUGAAUGUUUAAACGAAAGUCUUAUUUCAAAUAUGUGUCUACCUCAAAUAAUGAUAAUUAAUAAUAAAAGUAUUUUUUACUGAA